CUGCCUGCCGCGCGCGUGACCGGAAAAGGAGAAAAAAAAAAUAGAAACACCCCCAAAAACUUGUAAACCCUCCCAACCCGACCCCUCCUGCACCGGCCAAUCGCCGCCCCAAUCCUGCGCCGUUCCCCGCCCCCAACCCGCGCCGCUCCCCCCAAAUCGAGCCAUCCGUCCCCCUUCGUCCGUCGAGCUGCCCCCAAUCUGCCUCAUCCAUGACGCUGGCUCCCGUCCGUGCUGCCUGCCGGAGCUGAAGGCACGCCGGACCCAGAGCCGCCCGUGACGCCGACCCCUGGAGGAGCCUGCCCCCACGCCCGUCGGUGCUGCCUGCUUCCAAUCCGACUGAGGACAUUUCAUUCUGGGGUUUGUGCAGAAUUCAUAUAGAUAAUUGGUGAGGUUCUGGACCUGGUAAUGACGGAAAGCACUCAUGGUAGUGGUCGCCAUGUGUUUGGGGACUUGACAAAUGUCCUUCGCAAGAGGCCAGCCCCAUCAGACCCAGAGAAGAGCAUGGGUGGAGUAAAGAUUAGACGGAUCGAAAAGGACACUGCAACUUGGAAAGAGUUUGAUGAAUAUGCAAAAAACAGUAGUGGAGGGAAAGGAAUUGUAUAUGGGCAUUUGUUUGAUGGUGUUUCCAAAGAGAAUUUUGAAAGGCCUUCUAUUUUUCGGAACUCUAAGGUCCAGCACAUGGCUGCUGAAGCAGCUGGGCUGCUAUCCAAGGAGGACAGUGACCUGAGGAACCAUUGUGCAUCAAUAGAUUCAUUUGAUCUCAGUGCUAAGGGACAGGAUUCUUCGCUGGAAUCUGAAGGUGACUAUGAUAAUGAGGAUGAUGAUGAGACGGGUGGUGAAUUGGGCCAUUUUAGUAGCUCAGAGCUAGCUAAUAAAACAGCAGCUAAUGAUGGUGAGUGCCUGACUCAAGAGGAGAUAGUUGGAUCAUCAGGAAAUCAGAAGCCUCUUUCUUCAUUGGACUUCACGACAGGUGGUGACAUGGCAAGUUCUAGUGUUCAGCAUGCUUCAGUGAGAACUAGCGGGUCAGAAGAAGCUGUCGCCACAAAGUCCUGUGCUUGUUCUUUCUGCCUUAAGGCUGCUUUAAUGUGGACGGAUCUCCAUUGUCAGGAUGCGAGAAGCCGUCUUUCUGUAUUGAAGAAAAGCAUAAAGUUUGCUAGGUUGUUGGAGGCAAAAAGCAAAGGUGAUGAAUAUGCUGCCAAUGUAGCCGGAUAUAACUCAAAACGAGCUGUAGAGAUGGAGUUUGAACUAUCUCAACAACGGAGAUCACUCUUUCUGUAUACAGAGAAUGCCCUUGUUCGUGAGUCAACACAGCUUCAUUCAGCUUUUGUGAAGUUGAAGGAACUGAGGGAGAACUGCAAGACAGAUGUUGAGACGAUCGGCAAUUCUUCAGUGGGAAAAUGAGCGAUGCAUGGAUGCGAUGCUGAACUGUUUGUUUCCCUGAGACUUGGAGCAGCUGGCUCGGUUUGAUCAAGAUGCGCAUUGAGAUAGGCUGUCAACUUUAGGAAUGGGUGGUAGUUGCCAUCACUUUGGGACUUUGGCUGUAGUGAUUACUCGUAUCAUAAAGCAUAGCCCCAGCAUGUUUGUAGCUGAUGUAAAAAUAUCCUUGGUAAGCUAGGAAACUGUAUGUGUUGUCUCAUUGAGACGUAGGCUUGUUCACCUGUACUUUGCAGCGAGCGAAACGGAGGUAGUUUGAAGAUUGUUUGUCUAUCUCCAAACAAAAGGGAAAACAGUGUCGUUUGGAGCUUGUUGGUGAGUUUUGCUAGUGGUGGAAAUUGUAUCUUCUUAGAGAGAGGGUUUUAUUCGUCUCUUGGGUCUCCUACGCUGGUGGUCUACUUGAUUCUGAUAGUUCAGUGACAUUUCAAAUGCUUUAGAAUCUA